AUGGCCUUCCGUCGCCCCAUUCUCUGCACCCUGGCCCUUGCCGCUGCAUGCGCGUGGCUCUUGCAGACGCCAGCCCAGGAGACCGACUUCGUCGCGCCUCGUGUCCUCAGCACCGUCGCACCUGGCACCGAGACUUUCGCACAGAAGACUCCGCUCGUGAUCAUGCAGGCUCUUCCUGAGCCGCGCCCCAACGACGCGAUGCUUCCUGUGGAGCUGAACCGUACGUCGUUGUACUGGGGUCUGCUCCUGAUUUGCAUCCUCUCGGUUCUCUUUUCCAGCUACUUCUUCAAUUGA